AUGAUGCAGUUUGGCAUAAUUUUCUUGAUCUAUUCGCCAAAAAAUCACCUGGGAUCAUGUGAAAUAGAUAUUCUCCAGCAGCCUCCAAGAUUUGAUAAUGGCGAAAGAUUAUUGUCCAUAACACCAUGUGCAUAUCCGAUUCCAUCGAAUAUUUUCGAUUGUGGAAUUAGUGACAUUGAAUUAUUGCAAGAUAUCAAGUUAUGCGAUCCGGACCAAACAAUUAGCAUGUCUGAAGUAGAAGCAAUUAAAGAGAAACUUGAAAAAAUUAAUUCGCAGCAGAGGGAUAAUUGUGUUUGCAAAUAUAGCCAGCGACAACCAUGUUGGUAUCGUUUUGGUUUUGCCUUCAUUCGGCAAAUAUUUCCUGUGGAAACCGGUGUCUCACAUUUAUAUAGGGAAUCACUGCAACGUUAUGGUGAUAGUUAUGCUCGAAUCUUGCGAGAACGUUGGGCAUUUGGUGAAUGUGACGAAGAUAUUUUAUUUCUUAUCGUACAAAAGAGAUCUCAACAGUAUAUUUUUGCGUCAUUUGGGGCACUUGUAAUUGAAGAACUGGAAAAUGAAAUUAGCAGCAGUUUGUACUCGAAGCAUAAUUUGGAUCAAUUUCAAAAAACUAUUAAUAAAGAAAAUGAUAAAUUGAAAAAUGGUUAUCCACUUAAAACAGUUAUUGAACAAUUGCUGGAUGAAAUUGAACUUCGAUUAACAAAGGUUGAACAAUUAAAGGCCUUCAAAACGGGCAAUCAUAUUCCAAAUUGGGCUAUUGCAGUAUUUGUUGUAUGCGCUCUACUUUGUUUGCUCAUGACUAUUGGGUUAUGUCUGGUGAGAACGUCAGUGAGGCGAGGCGCACCACGUGCAAAGGGAAUACAUACAACACGCAGAUGGAAGGCUGGCUUUAUAUGCGAGAAUCUCGAAGGAAAUGCAACGGGAGUUAAUUUAAUGCAAAUGAUGCUACCACCAUCACGAAAUUAUUUCACCUAA